AUGGCGCAUAACUAUGGAGUAACGGCGACAACAAGGCCGAACCAGGAGAAUAAUAGCAAUCAACCAGGUGACGACUAUAAAUACCAACCACAGCAACAUCAACAACUUGAUCCAAAUAGUCAUGCAAAGUCAGACGAUGCUCAUCACUUAUUUCAUAUGCCAAAUUUAGAACCUCAAUUUAAUAUCCCAAAUAUAGAUCAGAUAUCUUCACCUUCAUUCCAACCAUUGAGCAAUACAUCUUCAUUACCGCCGUCGGGGUCUACUAUUGGCAAAUUUACAUCUAAUGGAUCAAACACAUUUUGGAAUACGCCCUUGUCCUGUACGUCGGAAACAAAAGGAGGAGGAAGCGGAAGCGGGGGCGGAGCAGGACAAGAGAUGCCUUCAAAUCUACAAUAUCGGGGAUUAUCCAUUGAUUCGAGUAUAUGGGCACUGCCAAAUUCGAUAAAAUCGAGCGGCCCAACGUCGUCAAGCAUAUGGUCUCCUACAAGAUUAAAUGGACAUGAACAACCACAACUGCAGCAACUGCAACAACAGAGUUUCCCUGUGCAAUAUUUUUCACAAAACAAACCACCUGUAUCAAUGCAGAAUACACCAUUGAGUACAUCAAAUGCUGAGAACUACACAUCAGCUAUACCAACUGAAAAUCGGUCAUCCUCAAUAAGUGGAUUUACCCCGCCAUCAAUGGAGGAAGUUGCCAUUGGCAGUGGAUUACUUGGUGAUGAAACAACAAAUACUUCGCCACCAAUGAGCUAUGAAUCUAUGAGGCGUCAUUCAUACACUGAGGGACUACUUGGACAAGCACUUGAUAAUGAAGCUGUCUCACCGACAUUGACUAAACGACAACCUAUAUCAAAAAAUGAUGUAGCCACAAUGCGAAUGGUUGAUGAAUAUUUUGAAUCAGAUCCACAUGAGCGUGUAAAAGUGACGAUGAAGUUGCUAAAUGAUCGAUUUUUUGACGAAGAGCGAUAUUUGAAUGAUGCAUAUCAGUUGCCCAAAUUUCCUAUUGAAUCGUCGUUACGUAACUAUCAAUUGGUUUUGGUUGGUUUUAAAGCAGGUAGAAUUGAUGUGUUUUACCUUCCGUCGUCAAAUGGAGUUUGCACAACAACAGUAACUAGUCCAACGAUGUCUUCUGGAACGGCGAUUGCAACUGCUUCCUUGGGUCAACAUUCGUUUGAUAUAAAGGUUGGUGAUUUGGUUAUCGUGGAGGCUGACCGUGGACGCGAUUUGGGAAAAGUAUUCAAGUUGAAUGUAUCUAUUGAUGAAGCACGGUUGUUGAAGUUGUUGCAAUUUCAAGAGCAGCAAGCGGCAUUGAAUGAGCACAUUGAAAAUAAUUUGUUGGAUGAUGUGUCAGUGAGGAGCUUGUCUAGUCAAAAUUCCUCCCAUUUCUUACCAACACAACACCAUAGUCAACAAAGCACAGUUACACCGCCAACUUUACAAUUUCCCAAAUCUAUAUUGGCACUUGCUCAACCAAAUGAAGUUUUUCAAAUUAUGAAUAAAAAGCAAGAUGAAGAAAAAGCGUGUCGAUUAUGUCUUGCCAAGAUUUCCAGUGCCACUAGUGGAUGCUUAUUGAGUGGCGCACCAAUAUCACCAACAACGCAAGAUUUGUUACAAAUGAAGUUGAUAGAUGCUGAGUAUCAAUUUGAUCGGAAAAAGUUAAUUUUUUAUUAUUCGACGUCAAAGAGGAUAGACUUUAGGGAUUUGGUUCGAGAAUUGUUCCGAAUUUAUAAGACAAGGAUUUGGAUGUGUGCUGUGACUGGUGUUCCUUUUAAAUCUUCAAAAACAAGUUUGAGUCCAUUGAGUACUGGGAUCGGGUCAAUUCCUGGAGUGGCAAAUGUUUGUGUUGAUCAAACCCCGCAAAAGCAAUCCUUACAAGCUCAACAUCCAUUGCAAUUUCUGCAACGGCCGCAAUUGAAUGAACAACAAGUAAUGUCACAGCUGGCAAUACCCACAGCGCCUACUAUUCAACUGCAGCAACAGCAUGGGCUCAAUAGAAGACAAAGUUUUCAACAAACAAGCACUUUUAAUCGAACUCCACAAUUGCAGGGCCUGAUGCAACAUAAUAAUCAACCUUGGGUCUCAACAAGUCAGCUUCUACGUAGAGCACUGCAUCAGCCUCAGAUGAGUUAUAAUGAUCAUCAAUUUGAUACCAUACCUAGGCAAAUAUCUGAUUCUGAACAACAACAGCUUUACACCCAACCUUGGUCGCUACAUCCCCGGAAACAACAACAGCUGCAACAGCUGCAACAACAGGUACCACAACAACGUCAUUGGUCUCAGCAACAGCAGCAUUCGCUUGUGCAACCGUUAACCCCACAACAGCAACAUAUUCAACAAGUUCAACAACAAGCACAAAAGCAAGUACAAGACCAAUUCAAGAGGCGGAACCAGGGGAGCGGUAGCAAUGAGGGUGGUGAUGAUGACGUUUCAAUGAUGCAAAAUCAUUCGGAUGAAAAAUUGGUAUUGAAGAGUUUAGUUGAUUCUAUUAACCAUUGA